CCCACUACCCUCUCCCUACCCCAGUCCCCCUCAGUUUGUUUUGUGACAUUAAGAGGCUCUUAUGGUUUGAAAAGAUGGGUCUUCAAUCACUGAUAUUAUAUCAUUAUUUUGACAUUCUACUAGUGUUCCCUAGUAGAAAUCAAAGCUGUUUUGUUCCCUUUGUGCUCAGAAUAAAAAAAUUUUCGAUCAUCCUAAACUAAUAUCAAAAUUCUUAAUUGUUCUUCUAAAUCUUCAUAAUGAAUUGCAUUGCUAUGUAUAUGUUAUUGGUAGGAGUGUUUAAAAAGUUCUUUAUCCUGUCCUACCAGUACUUUUUCUAGAAUAAUUCAAAUUUUCAAUUUGAAGAAGUGUUUCUUUUGUUUCUGUGACAGGACAGUUUGAUAUAUUUAUUAUCUCAAAUGAACUAAUAGGUUUCAAAUAACUGUGUUAGAUAAUAUAGAAGUUUAUAGAUCAGAGAUAAGACAGAACUAGAACUACUUGGAAAUACUUAACUAUACAUUGAAAAAAUCAUUGAUAUUUUGAGCUUAGUGACUGAAGUGAUUGCUCAAAACUAAGAGUUUUAGAAGCCAGACUACCUUAUUAUCUUUCAGUUUUGAUUUUUAGUUCUGUUUAGAUGACAAGGGAAUGAAAUAACUACAUCUACCCCAAAUCUUGUAUUUUAACUUGGCAAUCUAUUAACCGCAGAAAUACAGUUUAAAUUAUCAAUAACAUUUAUAUUCAUGAAAAAUAGUUAUUUUUUGACAUUGAGUAUGUAAUUCACUAAGAGUAUAUCAUUCACUAAGUGGGGAUAUUUAAUGUUUUGGUCAAUAUUUGUUGUAAAAGUUAUGAAACAUGGGCCAAAGAAUCUAAAGAGAAUGAAAAAAAAAAAUUUUUUUUUUCUGUGCAGCUAGGCAGAGGACAAUUACAGUUUUCCAGAUAAAGCAAACUCACUUAAAAAAAUAUGCAUGUGAAAACAAUAUAUGCAUGUGGAGAUCUUUGGGGGGAAAUAAUGGCUUGGGUUGAGGAAAAGUGGAAGAGGCCUGAGGAAAAAUUUUAUUCAUCUUGAUAUUAAAUGAAUCAGCAUACUAUUCCAUAAUCCUUGUUCUCUAAAAAUAAAGCAACAAAAAUCUUUAAAAGAUUAUAAAUAUCUUUCAUCUUUACAGAAACUGUGAGACAAGUUUAUUCACUUUUUUCAGAAGAGAAAUAUAGAGCAAUAAGGAAAUUGUCAACUAUAAAAUGUAGCAUUAGGCAUAUUUAUAUGAUGUGUCUAUGAAAUGUUCCUUUAGUUAAGAGUUAGAGUGUGUUUUUACCCUACAUGACCUAGAUUAUGUCAGUCUCACUUCUCCUUUUUGCUGAAAAAAUAAUAGAAAUUUUAAAUAUUGAUAAUACAUAAUGUUAAUAAUUGUGGUCACUUCUAAUGAUAUCUUAAUAAAAAGUUUCAGAAAAAUAGAUUUGAAUGACAUUCAUUUUAUUGCUUUGAAUACUGGAGGAUAUAUUGAAAACCAAAUAUCCCAGUAUUAAUGUUAAAUGUACACAGACUGCUCAAAGACUGUCAUGUUGGAUUAAGAAAAAAAAUGUGCUGAUAAUAAAAGAUCUGUGGAAAAUAGCAAAGGAUGCAAAAAUAUCGAUCUUAAAUAAACUAAGCUGAAGUAGAAAAUAGCCUGAUAUAAAAUAUUACCGUGAGACAUAGCAGAUUUUCAGAAAAAAAGUAUUAAUUCCACCAGAAGAUUUAAAAAAAUUCAUCUAAUAAAACAGCUUCACAGUAUAUGAACUAAGAGAUAAACACACACUACUAGAAGAUUUGAAGUUCCCUCCUUCACUAACUGAUAGAAUGAACAAAAAAAACAUAAUAGAUGAUUGGAAUUAGAAUUAUUAACAUCACACCCCCUAGGAUGGCUAUCCUCAGAAAUAAAAAGCAAAUGGAAGAUAUUUAUGUUAACAUUAAUAUGGAAUCUCAAGGGAAUCUCUGAAUCCAAAACAGUCUUGAGAAAGUGGAACAAACUCGAGGUUUCACAUUUGCUAAAUUUAAAACGUGUUACAAAACAACACAAUCAAGACAGUAUGUCAUUGACAUAAAGACAUACAUAUAAAUCAGUGGAAUAGAAAGCCCCCUCAAAACCUUCAUACAGGUGGUCAAAUGAUUUUCAGCAAAGAUGCCAAGACCAUUCAACAGAAAAGGGCAGUUUUUUCAACCAAUGAUGUUGGUUUUGGGAAAACUGAGUAUCCACAUGCAAAACAAUGAAGUUGGACCCUUACCUACCAUAUACAAAAAUUAAGUAAAAAUUGAUCAAAGCCUUAAAUUUUAAGAGCUAACACUAUAACAUUCUUAGAAGAAAAGUAUGGGAAAACAUCAUGGUAUUGGAUUUGGCAGUGAGUUUUUGGACAUGGUAACAAAAGCACGGGCAACAAAAGAAAAAAGGUAAGUGAAGGCCUCUAAAUCAAUCACUAAUAAAAUACAAAGAAUCAGCUAGUGACUGCAAUCUUGGAAAAAUACUGUGAUCUUUACUUUAAAUUUCAUUAGACAUAUCUAAAAUAACAUGACUGAGGAGUAAAGAACAGCUUCAAAACUAAAUCAUACCUAUGCUUAAAUAUAUAACAUAAAUGACAUGUGAAAAUGUUCACAUGUGUUCACAUGUGUUAGUAAGAAAGCAAAUUGUUCCGGAUUACAGCCCGAUUUAUUUGUUUUUUCCUUCCAUUACAAUUACAGUUAAAAAAUAAAAAAGAAAAUAUACACAUAACAGCAAAGGAAAGAGGGAGUCAUCAGUGGAUAAAAGAUUACAACAAGUAUUCUGAGAGAAACUAGAAAGACAGGCAAUCCAGAGUUUCUUCUAAGGCCAGAAGAACAAAGGACCCACCCACUCUAAAGAAACUGAAAAUUGGACAAACUGGGAAAAAGCUUUAGAUUGUUUCUCUCCAGGGUGUCUGUCAAAAUUCCUCUUUUGAUAAGGGCACCAGUCAUGUUGGAUUAGGUCCUACCCUGAUGACUUCAUUUCAAAUUAAUGGCCUUUUAAAAGACCCUAUCUCUCACAGGUAGAGCUGGGGAUGGCAGCUUGCAUUCCCGAUGCAGCUUGCUGGUGCCAGAGGGGUUGACCACAUAGACCAGAGAAUACAGUCUUUCAAAGUAUUAAAUGCAUUUAUGGAAAAAGAAAAAUUGGAUAGUAAGAUAAUAGUAGAAUAUUGUAACACUGCAAUGGAUCCCUCAGCAGAAAACAGUAUGUAUGUAAACAAAGUAUGGGUUCAAUGUGAGAGUGAAAGCUGUUUGAAAUGGAGAUUGUUGUCAAGUAAGGAUGCAGCCAGAGUUGACCACAAUAAACCAUGGUACUGCUUCAUGAACGCUGAUUCAAGAUACAAUAACUGCUCUGUUUCUGAAGAAGACUUCCCUGAAGAGUCUCAGCUUCAUGAAAGUGGAUUUAAGAUUGUCUAUUCACAGCUCCCUCUUGGGAGCCUGGUUUUGGUAAAAUUACAGAAUUGGCCAAGUUGGCCAGGGAUACUUUGCCGAGAUUCUUUUAAAGGGAAAUACGUGAUCUAUGACCUGGAUGGAAAUGUUGAACAAUAUCAUGUAGAAUUCCUGGGAGAUCCCCAUUCAAGAUCAUGGAUAAAUGCAACAUUUGUUGGAUAUUAUAGUAUCACAUUAAAGCCAGAAAAAUGUAAGAAAAAAAAGAAAUGGUAUAAAAGUGCACUACAAGAAGCCCGCCUCCUCUAUGGAUAUUCCCCUGAGCAAAGACUGGAAAUGUGCCACCUAGCCAAACAGGAUAAAUCCAAAGCAGAUGGCAAAGUUGCUGUGGUAGCCAAGAAAAGGAUGCAAGUUUCCAAAAACACAACAGAAAAGAAGAAGCCCAAAUUUAGAAGGAAAAGGAAAGCUAUUUUAAAAUGCUCUUUUGAAAAUGUUUGUUCAGAUGAUGCCUUAUCAAAGGAAAACAUGGUUGUCUCUGAGACCGAAGUUUUACUGAAGGAGCUAGAGCAAAUGCUACAGGAGGCGCUGGACUCCACAGGGGCACCUGAUGAGCCCGAAGAGGAGCGUGGAGAGGAGUUAACUAAAUGCAGCUCUGAAGUCCCAGCAGGCAGUCCAUUCGAAAACCACUAUGAAGAGGACUAUCUUGUAAUUGAUGGGAUAAAAUUAAAAGCUGGAGAAUGUAUUGAAAAUAUAACUAACAAAUUUAAAGAAAUAGAUGCUCUAAUGUCUGAAUUUUAGGGUGUUAUAAAUAUUUUCAAAGGCUAGUUAUAAAGACACUUAAAUGUUUAUAUUUUCCCAAAAGUCAAAAGCUUGAAAAUAGGGAAAUAGGUGUAUGUUAUACCAAAGCUGAUAUUUAUAAUAACUUUCUAUUUUAUACUUUGAGAAUAGCCAUUGUUUUGAGAAUCAAUCAAAUGGUACUUAAAUUAGUAAUAAAAAUUUAGGAUUUAAGAAGCCCUGAUAUUUGUAUUUAUAGAUUUUUUUCUUGUGUGCCUUAGUUUUAAAAUGGUUUAUAAACUUACUGCACAAACGCAUGCUUUACAAUGAUUUAUUUAGGCCCUUUAUUCAAAUGUGGCUAUUUAGAUGGCCAUUGAGGCUAUUAUAAUUCAUACAGAUAAUUCAGGUGUAGUAGAGAUGUGAGAAUGUAUAUUGGUAGUGGAAUUAAGCUACUACAAAAUAAAAGGAAAUAAUAAAAAAAAAGUACUGUAUAAUAGAGUUGGUGCUUUUCUCAGAGGUGUCAGUUACCUUUUAUGGGAAAUAAUCAUUUCAACCCCGAUUCCCAAAACUGAUUAACAGAGUCUCAGGGGAGGUGGGGAGGCUGUAGACAAUCAGAAUCCUGGAUGCUUCCCCUAUUGAAUCAGUAUCUCUGAAGGUGAGGAUGGGAAAAUGUAAUGGAAAACAUAAAGAGAUAAGUUAAAUAUAGUCUCACUAAAAAAAAUCCAUAAGCAAUGUAGGCAGGCAAAAUGUGUAUCAUGCAACAUCACUCCCUUAACACUUCCCCUACAACCCCAUCCUAUAGUGAUUCCCAGGAACAGUUUUGGUGAGUGUCCUUCUACAUCGUGUUCUAAUGCGCAUCCAUCUCUAGUGCCCACACUUGCACUCUUUCCAUGCCCUUCUCUCUCCUGGGAGUAUGGGGUCAGAGAAAGGACAUUCCAAGCACAUGGAAACAAAACCAAGGCUUGAAGAGAGAAGAAAGCAGUACAGCCCCUCGGACCUAUUGCUUGUUGAAUUAGCUAGAGUGACCGUGUGCUGGUGUGAAGGUCACCACAGCAGGUGAGCUGCACUGUGUACAUAGGCUGAAGAGUUUGUAACUGCAGGGCCAAGUGGAGAGUUUCAGGCAGUGGAAUCCCUUUUACAUUUCAGGAGGAUCACACCAGCAGCAGACGGAGGUUGGAGUGAGCAGGAGUAACACCAGAGACAGGAGGCCUGUUAGGAGGCUACUUAGGGAAUUCAGGUGCAAGACUUUGAGAGCCUGAGUAUGGCACAAAUGGAAAGAGUGGAAUGGCUUCCCAGCUACAUUAGCAUUGAUGGAUUAUUAGGAUUUAGCAAUUGGAUAUAGGGAUACAGCAGUAGGGAGAGGUAGGAACAACUCCUGAGUUCUUGGUAUUUACAGUGCUUUUCACUGAAGGUCAGCAUACAUACAAGUUAGGGGCCCCGGGUGGCUUCAUUAGUUAUGCAGCUGACUUCUGCUCAGGUCUUGAUAUCAGGGUCCUGGAAUUGAACCCCACAUUGGGCUCUGCGCU